CCUACACUUUUGGUAAUGUUGGUAAUUCCAUUGAAAAGCUUUCCACCGAAACCAAUACCACAAUUCUCCAAAUUUCAGCAUCGCAGGAAUGUUUACUUUCCCACGAAAAAUAAAUAAAUUCAGCUUCUAAAUUUUUUCCUAAAACUACAUAAAUUAUCUAUUUUACCCACACUUAUUUUCAACAAAAUCGUACCCUUUCUGUUCAGGAAGCUCCAUUCUUGUUCAAGAUCGGGGGUUUAUGGCAGCAUCGAUAAGCUUCUUGAAACAAUCGAGUAAAUAAAAAACAAAGCAGCAGCAAAAAUGUCUGCUCGCAUGCUCCAGAAGGUGCUCCGGGAGCAGGAACAAUUAUUAACUCGUCAGGAGAAUGAAAAUGAGAAUGAUUCAGAUGCCGACUCAAUUGAUUCUCGACCCACACGUCCAGCGGCAAACCCUUUUGACCUUCUUGAUGCAGAGUUGCCCGGGUAUUGCUUUGUUGGGUGUGGAGCAUGUUGUACGCCGUGAGUUGAAAGUGGAGGAUGCUAAUGAAUUAAGUGAAGUCGGUAGCCCUCAGGAUGAUAGUCAGCAAAAUUCUGUUGAAGAUAAGGUAGAUAUGGCCGUUUCAUCUGUUAAAACCAAGAAAAAGAAAAAGAAGAAGAAGAAAAAUGAAGAGAAGGUUGCCUAUGUUGAUGCUAACACAAAGGAUGAAUCUAUUGACCUACAAUUGGAGAGACUAUCUGUCAGUGAAGCUGGAGCUUCUUCAGUUGUCUCCUCAGAGAUACCAACACCCACUGGAAACAGUAAAGGCAGAUGCAUUUUGCAGAAGUGUUCGACUCAAAUCUUAGCAAUUGAUCCAAAGUUCUUAAGAGCAGAAGACGAGCUAAGACGAAUUUUUGGCUCCAAAGUGGUAAAUGCAUUCGAGAAUAGCCAUAACAGUGGAAAUUCACGGAGGAAGCAAGUACCCAGAGGAGGAGUGCACAACUACCAUAUCAGAAGGACAAUACUUGUUGCUGCUUCAGAUCAUUGGCCACGCUGGGAUGGGGGAUUGUCUAUGGAGCAUAUAGAAACAAAAGGACUAAAGUAUUUCAGGUACACUCCUUCAUCCUCAUAUCUGGAUGCACAAAAGAAGUUUGAAGCAGCAAAGGGCAUAAAUGAUCUACAAGGUAUUGCAUUUGUAUUGGUUCAACAUCCUUACCAUGUGGAAUCACUAUUAGCUCUUGCAGAUGCAUUCAAGUUUGCUGGAGAGUACCAAAGGUCUGCUGAAGCAAUUGAGAAGUCUUUAUAUGCUUUGGAGUGUGCAUGGCAUCCGUUAUUUAAUCCCAUUCGUGGUGAUUGUAGACUAUCUUAUAGUUGUGAUUCAAACAAGCCAUUAUUUUUAGCCCUUCUCUGCCAUAUGCAAAACUUGGACCGCAGAGGUUGUCACCGGUCUGCUCUUGAAGUUUGUAAACUGCUACUUUUAUUGGAUUCAGAUGACCCUGUUGGGGCCCAGUUUUAUAUUGAUUAUUUUUCUCUGAGGGCUAAGCAAUAUGAAUGGCUGGAGUUGUUUGCUGAUCAAUUUGUCAGCGACAAUUCACUUUGGCUUCUUCCGAACUUUUCAUUUUCCCUGGCAGUUGCACGCUUCUAUCUUGAAUGUGAGGCGCCAAUGAAGCAAUCUCAAGUUCAAACAGAUUCUGUACCAUCCAUUGAUUUACUUAAGCAAGCACUCAUGCUUCACCCAUUAGUUUUAAAGAAGAUAGUAGACAAGGCACCUUUAAAGGAUGGAGCAUGGCUGCAAAUUCUUAAGCAUCCACAUUUUGCAUAUGCUGAAGCAGGAAGUCCCUCACUUGAACAUCUUAUACAGAUAUAUGUGGAAAAGAAUUAUAUUAUAUGGAGGCUUCCUGAGUUGCAUAAGUGGUUGAAAGAUGCUGCAAUGCAGGUGAUUCAAACAGUCAACCAGGACAAGGGUGAAGCCAAAGAUUGGGCUUGUGUAAGGAAAGAAGCAUUUCCAUCAGAUAAGAAUGAAUAUUCUCACUUGUCAAUCAUAAACUUUGCGGAUUCAGUCCCUCCACCUGUGGAUAUGUAGCUUAUGAUAGUGUUUAGACCCGGAUGCUCUUGUACCAACAGCACGACGAAGCUCCUGGUGAUAUGGGAUAACAGGAUCCAAAACCCCUACUUUUUCAGUCUCUACUCUCUUGGCGGACCAUGACUUAAAUGUCAAUGCAGACGACAUGGGAGAAUAGAAGUUGAGAAUUGUCGUGAAGAAAAUUGGGUCUGAAUUACUAGUUAUUUUCAUUAAAUAUUGCAGUAUAGAUGCUGGGAAUAUCAUUAUAUUUCAUAGAUAAUUUAUUGAAACUAAGUUUCCAGAUUUGUUGGCAUUUAACCAAUGUACACGAGUAAUCCAUUCAUCUUGGGAGUAUUCAAAUGGCAAUAAAGGAGUUCCAUAUAGUUCUA